GCGUGGCUGCAGAUGCUCGACAUCYUGCUUCCCUAAKUUCCCUUCCUCRAGUUGGGGAACAGGCAAUGCCCGGGCUGGRUGCUUCUGAGGUCCCCAUUCCGGUGUCUGAUUCGUCGCCAACCCCGCUUCCACCGACGACAAGUGCUGCUGCAGCUGCUCCACCURUACUUACCGGUUCAUUGGAUCCUUUGUACCGCAUGCGCGACAUUGCAGCGGCCCAGAGCGCGGCACCUGAGAGUCCUGCUUACGUAGCCACCAACGUCAUGCACAGGAAGAAAGACGUCACUGCCCUUGCGACCGCGUGGAUGAAGAGGGUGAAGUCCAUGGACGUGGACUUGAGCGACAUCACAGCGUUCGUGACGGACUCCGCUGGGGUGAACGUCGCAGCGAUGGAGGUUUUCCAGAAGGACGAGAGCAUCAAACACAUCUUCUGGAUUUCAUGCGUCGCUCAUGUGAUGGACCUCAUUCUCGAGGACAUCGGCGGGAUUGAUUGGGUGGUCACUCGCAUCGCGCAGGCAAGGUUGGUGACGAGGUUCUUCAAGCACCAUGGCCACGCACGGGAGGUUUUGGAGGUCUUCUCGACGAAGACCCUUCUACUGCCGGCGGAGACUCGAUUCGGCACUAACGUCAUCAUGAUGACGAGGCUUGUGGAUCUGCGGGGAGAGCUCACGCAGCUUGUCGGUGACGACCGGUGGCGUGAGAAUGUCUGGUCGACCAACAAGAUCCGCAAGGACGCCGCAGAGGUCACUGCGUGUAUCGGGUCUCCUCCAUGGUGGGAGGAUUUGAGAGCUUUGUGCAAGAUGCUGGAGUCUAUCAUGGAUAUGCUGAGGCUAGUCGAUAGUGACACACGCCAGAUAAGCAAGAUUUUGCGUCGUUACGAGGUUGUGAUCGCAUCUUGCUUGUCUGCAUGCCUCGACCUCGAUCGGRRGCAGCARGACGCUAUUUUGGAGGUGUUCGACAGGCGGCGCACCAUGUUCCGGACACCCGCCCACAUAGCAGYCAURUUGCUGGAUCUCGAGUUCCGAGACCCGACGCUGAACGACGACCAGGAGGUGYAGCAGGGAUUGAUCGAAGCCCUGGUCCAGUUCGGCUAUGCAGAGGGAUCGGUGCAGCACGAGGAAGUCCUUAAGGCAGUAUUCAAGUUCCACACAAAGGAGUCUCAUUUCGAUGAUGUAAACAUGAGGCGAUCAUUGGCAGCUACAGCCACCCUGCCAGCUUUUGGUCCACGAAGAAUGCGAAGUACCCUCACACGGCCAUCUUUGCCGGAUUUCUUUGCAUUGGGGACGCCCGCGCCUACGGACGAUGAGAGAGGCGACGGCGACGACAGAGGUGAUGGCGGAGGUGGUGGCGAGGGAGGUGGCGGAGGAGGUGGCAGAGGAGGUGGCGACGGAGGUGGUGGCGGCGGAGGUGGUGGUGGCGGAGGAGGUGGCGGAGGAGGUGCGGAGGCGACGACAGAGGUGCCGGAGGAGGAGGCGGAAGAGGUGGCGGAGGAGGUGGCGGAGGAGGUGGCGGAGGCGACGACGGAGGUGCCGGAGGAGGUGGCGGCGACGAGGGAGGUGACGACAGAGGUCACACAGGAGGUGGCGGCGACGCGGGAGGUGACGACAGAGCAGGAGAACAACAUCGGCUCUCGUGUGCGCAGGCGUCAUCUUGAGACUCUUCCUGAUGCGACCGCCACGGACGCACGUGUUGCGCAGCACGAGCAGGUUCUCGUGUAUGAGGACUCCCUGAGCGGCACAUCGGACAAGGACUUCAUUCCUCAGACUUUCGAUGUGAGGGGCGCUGAGCAUCAACUCGGUUUCGUCGAGGGCCCGACCAAGUCUGUAGCGGCGAUUUCAGCGCAGGAGGAGAGUGGAGCAGGGUUGACUUGUCCCGAGCUUGCGGCGCCCAUUGCAGAUACUGCGGUCGCACAGGAGUCUCAUCGCCAUCUGACACAACCCAAGGUCGUGGUUCAUGCGGAAGCUCGAGGAGGGGCAGUCAGUGAUGGGCAGACAAUUCCCGAUGGUGAAGGGAAUGUGCCACCUCCUUCCACCGUUGUCUGCACGGGCGCCCACGGGGCACCCAGCGUCACGGUCCCCUCCAAGGCGAGUUUGGGAGAUUCAUUUGAGAGAUUGGAUGCAGAGUAUGCGGCGCAGGAAGGUCAUUGUGCACAGGAUUCCGCACGCGAUGGGUCAUCAUUCCCGGCAGUCUCUCAGGAAGACCCGCACCCAGGCCUGCCACGUUCGGUGCAGGAGACGGCUCCCGACGUUGUCGCUGCGGACGUGGACGAGGAAAUGAGCACGGAUGGUACCGUGCGCGUCGCAGCGCAACGCAGUCUGGCACGGACAUUGACCACAGAUGGUAGUGUGCCUGCUCACAGCACUGGGUCACACUACGAGCAUAGAGGGUCAUCGGCCGCACAGCCUGUCGCUGAGGGGGCCAUCGCACAUGGUGUCAAAGGCGAGCACAGGGGUCACGCACCUCCGCACCCCCAUGGCGCAAACCCUGCCGUCCACGGUGUGGCGGCGAGCACCGCAUUGCCGACGGUGUCGUUCUACGACGGCGUGACCAGGGGCCGGAGGGCGGGCGAUGAGGGACAUGCAUCAGCAUGCGAACUGACAGAUGUGCGUGCGGGGAUGCGAUCCAUAGGCCGCGUCGAUGGUGGUUGUCACGACUCCAUGAGAGCAUACGAGGAGCGACAUUGGAGGCCUUUGCGGGCCAAGACAACGGAUGUCCACGAUACGAGGACGGCGACCGCGAGGUUAUCUCGGGCGAGGAAGGAGGGGACAGGUGCAUCGAUUCCAUAUCACUGUCACCGUCCACCACCGACUUUUCACGCCAGAGCUCCGACCACACAGAUUCCGGCGACUAACGGGGCAGUGGAUGGGGGGAGAGUCCAAUGCCGUUCAGGGCGAGUUGAGAAGAGACGAGGCGAUGUCGUGAUCUACCAUGAUGACAGCUCCACAGCCGCGGAGGCUGGCGAAACCACAGGCGCCGACGAUCCAGGUGACUCCGAUUACGUGCCCCGGCGCCCGGCGGCAGAUGGAGAUGAUGGUGGAGGUCGACGCGUCAGGCAAAGGACAAGACUCGGCCCGCACGGGCAGGGGACGCCAUCGGACCCUAUACCGCCUAUUGAUCGACAGACGUAGGCUCAGUCUGUGAUAGCCAAACUGUAUCAUUACCGGUCUGAGCCUUCGUAGCAGGAUGC